AUGUUGAUUCAGAUACGAAAAUUGACCAAUAUGUUGACUCAAGUCUCGAAGAACGAUCCUUCACAUUUUGUGCUUAUUCAAGUGCUACUGACAUUUGUUCUGAAGAUUUUCGUUUUUCCGGUGUUUCUUCUAUCCACCGAACGUUAUUUCACUGAACAAGUCAGUUUUUUUCAAAAAAAAAAAGAAAAAUGGUCAUGCAGAAACGCUUCAGAUCGCGAAUUCCUUGGUCUACGUGGAUAUUCUGACUCUCCCAUUCACUCUUCAGAUUUCCUAUAUUUUUUGCAACAAAACAAAUUUUGAUACUGCUCAUCAGAUAAAUUUGCUUAUAUUGAGAAAUUGGGUUAUCCUAUGUUGCCAAUUUUCAGACUCGCGAAUUUCAGAUUAUAGUUCGAGAGAAAUUGUAAGUGACAGGCGGACAACUAGAUCAUAAAUAUGUUUUUGAAUAUCCAGUAUGUAUGAAAAUAAACGUUGAAAGUGUUCUGUACCAGAGAUCUUUACUCACACUUCAAAAAAACAAAAAGAAAAAUAUUGUGCCUUGGUCAUAGACCACAACUGAUAAGGAUAGUAUAAAUAGAAGAGAUAUUUUUGAAGAAAAAAAACACUAAAAAUGUUUCUAAUCCUUGUAAUUCUCUCUGUUAUUUCCUAUUAUUUAUACUGGAAACUAUCCGAAAUUCUAUCAAAAAGCCCGCCGGGUCCAUUUCCUCUCCCAAUUUUUGGGAAUAUUCUCUCCCUCAGAUUUCCCGCUCCCGGGUAUCAAGCUUUUAUUCGAUGGAAAAAACGAUACGGUCCAAUCUCGACAUUUUGGAUGGGUUCCAAAAAAUAUAUAAUCAUUUCGGAUUAUGAAUUGAUGAAGGAUACUUUUGUUAAAGACCCGGAAACAUAUAUCAAUAAAUAUGCGAAUGAAAUUGGAAAAGAGUUACGUGGUGGAAAUUAUGGCGUGAUUGAGACAAAUGGUGAUACUUGGAGGGUUCAUCGAAGAUUCGCGUUGACUACACUUCGAGAUCUUGGAUUUGGUAAAGAUUUGAUGCAGAUGAAGAUUUUGAUAGAGGUCGAGGAACUUUUCAAGAUUCUAGACAAACCUACAGAAUUGCCUGUUGAUCUUGCGAAAUUAAUUGAUCGUGCAGUUGGGAAUGUUAUCAAUCAAAUGUUAUUCGGAUACCGUUUUGAUGAUUCUGGGGAUUUUGAAAAACUCAAAAAUUUGAUUGACACACUUCGCGAGACAUUUGGAGAGUUCCGAUAUUUUAUACAAUUUAUGGCUCCAGCUUGCUCGAAAUUCAUUCCUGGUACAACAUUAAAUGAGAUGGUUGCUAUUCGAAGAGAAAAAUUGAACAAAUUUUUCGACGCGCAAAUCAAAGAGCAUCGAGAAAAUAUUGAUUUCGAUUCCGAAGAUGUUAGUGAUUAUUGUGAAGGAUAUUUGAAGGAACAAAAGCGAUUGGAAAAAUCUGGAGAUCUUGAAAUGUUCAAUAAUAAUCAACUUCGAGUGAUGUGUUUAGACAUGUGGUUGGCUGGUUUGGUAACAACUACAGUUACACUAACUUGGGGUAUUUCAUAUUUUUUGAAUGAUUCAGAAGUGAGACGGAGAAUUUAUGAAGAACUGGAUAGAGUUAUCGGAAGUAGCGAGACACUUGUGACAACUUCUGAGAAACUAGAUUUGCCAUAUAUGAAUGCGUUUAUCAAUGAGACUCAAAGAUGUGCAAAUAUUUUACCAAUCAAUUUAUUCCAUGAAACAACACGGGAUACCGUAGUAAAUGGUUAUUCAAUCAAAGCUGGAACCGGUAUCAUUGCUCAGAUUAGCACAGUAAUGUUGGAUGAAAAAGUGUUUCCGAAUCCUGAGAAAUUUGAUCCAACAAGAUUUAUUGAUGGGGAAACCGGGAAGUUACGAAAAAUUGAUGAAGUUAUCCCAUUUUCGAUUGGCAAACGACAAUGUUUAGGAGAAGGUUUAGCCAGGAUGGAAUUAUUUUUAUUUUUUGCUAACUUAUUUAAUAGAUACGAGGUGAGGCAUUUUACUGUUAUUGUUUCGUUUUGAACUUUACCUAAAAUUUUUAUAGAUCACAACAACAAAUCCUCCAAAUUUGGACAAGUCACAUGGUAUUAUUGUGCUGGCGCAAAAAAUCAAUGCAAACAUGCAAAAAAGAAGUUGA